CGAAGUAUAGUGGUUGUAUAUAGUAGCAGAAGCGGCAGCCACGAGUAAGCACACACGACAUCGACGUCGGCUUUUCUCUCGGGCCAAUGUCACACGGUCCGUACUGCGUAACGAUAAUAACGAUAGCAGAGGGUGUCGCGCUGGAGUUGAGAUCGUGUCCGUAGCCGCCGUGGACUGAAGCACAACAACAAUAACGACACACACACGAGUAGUAGUAGUAGUAGAUAGGAUACAGAGAGUGUCAUGGAGGAUCUGCUGCAGCAGAUCGUCAAGGAGGCACACAGCUCGAAACUGUUCGCGCUGGAAAAAGCUGCACAAGAUGCCUGCGACUUCCUGGACAAGCAGCAGGGACUGCUGCGCGAUCCGCCUUACGAGCUGCGCGCCAAGUGCCUACGUGCCGUACAGCUGACCCUCGAGACGCGGCGCAGCAAGUUCGUUGCCUUUGGCCUCACCGGCCUACACAGGAUGCUGAGGGACGACAGAUUCCAAUCCCCGUACGAGCCGGAGGACGACUCGCUCUGGCUUCCCGCUCAGAUGCUGCACGCGAUGGGCUCGAUACUGUCGCAGCCCGACGACGCCCAGACCGACAUGCUCAAAGUGUUGCUGCAAGUCGCCUGCUGCCCGUACUGGACGAUGAACGGCCGCCUGAUAAUAGCCACCCUGACGACCUGCUGCGAGGCCUUCGAGCACGGCAAUCAGGCGGUGAAGACGGCCGCCCAGGCGGCCACCAGCCAGACCCUCAGGUCGUUCUGCUUGUUUUUGGACGAGGAGUGCCGAGAAAUGGAUGAGAACGCCCGGAGAAACAAGAACGUGCGCGAGCGCGGGGUGUCCUGUUUCAACGAAGCCCUGCCGAUACUCCAGUACAUUUGCUGCAAACUCGACGAGGCACAAAAUGCGCGCAACGGCAGCACCGUCGUCUUUCUGCUCGAGUGCCUGCACACGCUGAUCUCGUCGCUGCCCGCCAAGAUCCACACCAACUGCCACUUCACGACCUUCCUCUGGCAGAAAUUCUGCCCGGCGCUGAUCGCCUUUCUGGGUACGCCGCGCGUCGACAAGAGCUUCCAGUCGCGCGAGCACCCCCAUCAAGGGGGAGGAAACCGAGGCGGUGGCGAGCCGACCCCGGAGCUCGGCCGCGGCUCCGGCUACCUGGCCACCUCCCUCGGCUUCGACAGCCAUCAGGCCAAGACCGUCUAUUGCAUCGGCACCGAGCUCGUCCGUAUAGUUGGCUGCGUGGGACCUCUGAGGCCCGUGCUGGAGUCGGUUUUUCAUCGGAUGCUCCUGUACCCACCUCCGCAGCAACGUCUGGAGUCCUUGAAAGCCCUGAAAGAGCUGCUCCGGAGUCCGAGUCGAAUCGCCGAUUUCGCCGGACCUCUGCUUGUGGACGACGACAAAUCCAGCCAACUUCAAAGCGACAUGGCCCUGAUGAGACUAGCCAUGGACUCGAUCGAGGAAUCGACGAGCGGAGGCCUGGCCGUUCUCCAGGCCAGUGUAUCCUGCGUCGUUGCGCUGCUCUCGGCCCUCCAAGAGCUCUGCGACGGCAAGGCCAUCAGCCACGAGUACACCUGCGCCAUCAACGCCCUCUACGAGGAUCUCGAGUCGUGCGACUAUCGGGGCCCGCUGACCUAUCAGAGCAUGGCCCGACUGCCCAAGACCUAUCGCGAGCAGCUCGAGCUCAUGAAGAAGACGUCGACGCAGAAGGCGACGGACUCGGACUCGUCGGGUCGCGGUCCGUCCGAGGAGGAGGACGACGACGAUGUCGAGGAUGGGAAUUCGACGGAUACCGAGGGACCACCGACCGAAGAACAGACGACCACGACCACAACGACGAUCGCGGACGAUGCCGCGAGCGUCCAGAUCGAGGACAGCAGCGACAGCUACGACCUGGCCAACGAGCGGGAGCGCGAGCGGCUGGAAAAGCUGCCCAAGUGCCUGCACGUGGGCAGGCAGUUCGUCGAGGAGUGCAACGUCGACGUGGAGCGCCACAACGCCCGGAUGUUCGUCAAGACCCUGAAGCAGGACCUGAUACCUCAAGUGCUCGGGCUGAGGAGCAUCAUCGAGGUGGACGAGGCGCUGCAGAGCUUCGCCUCGAGAUACUGCCAGGGUGUGUACGCGGCCCAGCAGCGGACAACCGAGACGAGUAGUAGCAACGACGACGACGAUUGCGCUCUGAUCACGAUCAUGAACGCCGACGGGAUCUACCUGGCCACGUACGCCGCGCUGCUUCUCAAUCUCAAGCUCAUACGCCAGAACUAUUACGAGGACGACUCGAGCAAGCUCCUCGUCACCGAGGGCCAAUUCGUCGAGGAGGUGCACGGCUCCGGGGUCCUGGUCUAUCUCUCGGCCACGUGGCUGUCCGAGCUCUACCAGCAGGUGCUCGCGUCGAAUCUGCUGGCCAAGUGCGGCUACGAUCCUCGCUCGCAGGACAACAACGCCCUGGUCAAUGCGCUGAUCGACGUCGACGGUAUACCGGGGACCAGGCCCGGUGGUCAGCUGCUCUCGGACUAUCUGCGCCUGGAGCGAUGUCAGCUGCAGCGCCAGGAGGCCACCCCGGAGUCCGAGGCCGGUACCAAGCUGGCCCGACGGGUGCUGACCUGCUGCUGGGCCAGCAUAGUCAAUGUCCUGGCCAGCGGACUGAAUCCCUGUAGGGACGAGCUGCUCAGUAAGGGCCUGUUGACCAAGGACGACGGCAAGAAGGGCAUCAAGGACACGAUCACUCUGGCGCUGGAGGGUCUGCAGAGGGUCGCGAGCCUCAGCAACGUAUUGGGUCUUCAGGCGCGAUGCGGCACGAUCUUCGCUCUGCUGGCCAAGGCAGCCUGUAGCGAGCAGCUGAUCUCGAGGCUCCGGCGUACCAAGGACGUGCUGAGACUGAAGCUGCAGAACCGAGCCACGAAUCUGCACACGUCCCACGCCACUUCCAUGGACGUGCUGCUUUCGAAGGGCCUGGAGUUGAGCAGCCAUGGAAGCGAUUGUUGGCCUCACGUUUUCACCUGUUGCCUGUACGUGAGCAAACUCGAGCACGACUUCUUCGGCAAGAAUCAACAAAACGUGUCCAUCGCCAAGAGCAGCAGCAGCGGCGUCAAGAAGGAAAAGAAGGAGCCGCCGUUGAGCUCGAGCGAGUGCAAGACCAAUCAGGAGCGGCUCAAGCUCAGCUUCAACAUGGUCGGCGACGACGACGAGGACGACGCCGCCUGCGUCGACGUCUACAGCUUCCUGUCGACCCCCUACACCCAGAGCUCGGCGCAGGACAGCGUCGCCGAGAUCAUCCAGCAGUCCAACGCCGAUCAGCAGUUCAACGGCAUCCUGCCGUCGGAGUACGCGGCGAAAAUCGUUUGCGCGCUGUCUCAGCAGGUCGAUCGUCUGUUCGAGGACGCGGCGCUCAAGCUCAAUCUGCGCGCCCUAUGUCUGUUCCUCCAAGCCCUGUGUCGCUCGAGCAAGGACCAAUUGUUCAAGAGUCAGGGUAGCGAUUCCAAGAGCAAGGACAGGAUCUGGUGGCGCAUGAGGAGCAACAGCGGUAGUAACAGUAACAAGCCACGCGACGAGGAGCUCAACACUCUGCUGCUCUCUCGUCUCGGCGAGGUCAUGCUCAAGUGCGUCAAGAGCGGCCGCCCGCUGAUCCACGCGAUGCGCGCCUGGAGCAUCCUCGGCCCGCACUUCAUGGAGGCCGCCUGCCACAAGGACCGGGCCAUCUCCAAGAAGGCCGUGGAGUGCAUCUACGACUCGAUGGCCGCCCUGCUCAACGACCAGCUCGAGCUGCCGCACUUUCACUUCAACGAGGCGCUGUUCAAGCCCUUCGAGAAUCUGCUCUGUCUCGAGCUGUGCGAUCCCGACGUGCAGGACCAGAUCGUGAGCUGCAUCUGCGAGUUCGUCGAGACGAAUCGCACGGAGAUCAGGUCGGGCUGGAGGCCGCUCUUUGGGGCGCUCAAAGUGGCCACGGUGGGUCAGGCCGAGAGCGUCGAGUCGGCCCCGCUGCUCGAGGUCUUUCGCGUCUUUCUCAGCACCGACAAUCCACUGGUCUUCGCCAAUGCCGCCCUCGAUUGUAUAUUGUGUUUACUCAAACACGUACGUGGCUGCAGCGAUACCGAGACAUCGACGCCGACGAAAACGACGGCUCCUCCUCAAACGAAGUCCGACAAAAAUAGUCAAGAUCGAUCGGCGGAAAACGACGUCGAGAACGGCGACAAGGGCCGUAAAACGAAGCUCUGCCUCGAGAGCCUCAAGUACCUCGUGAGCUGCAGCGAGCUUCUGGCCAACAUGUAUCGCAUGCCGGCCUGCCCGAUCUUUCACUCGGCCCAGCGCGUGCCGCGCGCGUCCUCCUCUGCCUCGCUGCCGCAGUACGUCGACCCGAGCCUGCCCAACGACGGCGAGAUCAUCGCCGGCUCGCUGCACGACGCGUCCUACGAGCUGCUCACCAAUCCACAGCCCGCUGAAUCUCACAAGCUCGCGAGCUUGCAGGCCCUCGACCAGCCGAGCGGCGUGCUCGGGGUCUGGUACUCGCUGAUCGAGGGUCUGGCCAGCGCCACGAUGAUCUGUCCGCGCGCCUACCAGCCGCACGCCCUCGAGACCCUGUUUCAUCUGCUGCGCUCGACCCUGGAGACGCCCGGCCCGCUGUUCGGACUGUACUGCGUGAAUCAUCUGCUGCUGCCCAUGGUGCAGAACUGGCUGCGGAAGACGUCGAGGAUCAGUCGGGGCUGGGACAGCUUCGCAUCGAAUUUCAAGCAGUGCUGCGGACUGACCACCGACCUGGUCGUCGAUUUUAUCGAGCAUUUGCAAGGACCCAAGGCCGAGAGGGACGAGACGUACUUGUCGUUGAGCACCCUGAUGGUGAAGCAGCUUUUUCUCGUCAUGACCGAGUGCAUCGUCCAACCGACGGAGAGCAUAGCUCGGCUCGGCUGCGCCUGUAUCAGGCACGUACUGGUGAGCAGUGGACCGAUCCUCACGGCCGACCAGUGGGAGGUGUGCGGAGUCACCUGUCACCGGGCCUGCUCGAGCUCGCUGCAGCAGCUUCACCAGCUGACGAUGGCCUUCUCGCCGUACUCCGAGUCGUUUUACGGCGACACGGCCCAGGUGAAGGUCGCCGCUCGCCGCGAUGCCACCCCCGAGGAGACCGAGCGACUUCGUCAACUCGCCGCUCAGGUAUUUUUACUAGAGGAGCAACGCCGAGAGGAAUUAAAUCAACUUUUGGAUGAAAAAUCCUACGUCUUCCAAUUGUACUCGCCUUCGGUGGCCGUGGAUAAAAAUCCCGAACUGUACUCGCUUCGCAUUCAGAUGAGAGCCUUGAUCGUUGGAUUACUCGUGCAUCAGAUGUUACUUCAGUGCAUAGCCACGGUCUUGUUGCAAAAUGCGGACGCUUGGGUUCCGAGACUUCCUCAAUUGCUCAUGAAAUCGGUGACGUCGUUGCCGAAGAGUCACUCGUCGACGAGAACGUCACCGCAGCUGGAGCCUCGUCACGUCAACGUUUUCCUGUCGGCCCUCGACCUGUCCUACGUAGCCGCGCUGAAAUUCGACUCGAGGCCCGGCUUAAAGUUUCUCCUGCAGAAGGUGGCGAAUCUUCAGCGACCCGCGAAUCUUUAUCAUCAGGCGUGCACCGCUUGGACCAUCAAGAUCGUCGCUCUCUUCGAUCUGUCCCUCGCGGAGAUCGGCAAGUGCGGCGCCGACUUGAAGCAGACGAAGAGACUCGUGCUGAAUGACUCAAAGUCCGAGAAUAAAUUCAAGCGAUUGGUCGGUUACAUGACUCAGUUGCGCACGACUUUCGACGAGCUCUGCGGAACUUACGUGGAUAUAGCUCUGGACAGGGAUGGCAGAUACACAGUAGCAGAUACAAUAGCAGAGAGGAAGUUUUUCCUUCUUGUUUCGCAGCCCGAUGACUAUACAGAGCUUCCAGAAGAAGAAGAGGCGCCAAAGAACAAUCGCAUCGUUUAUAGUGCAUCCCCGGAAAAUGAAAAACCAGCCGUCGCAAAAGAAACAACACCUCGACCGUUUCGCUUGUCGGAUUUAGCUUCCGAUUCCUCGACGGACUCGGGACCCCAGUCGGAACCCGAGAGCGAUGAUUCGAGACCCGAAAGUCCCUCGGACUUGAACGAUUCGCAAAUUGUAUUUCUGGAUCGACACAGAGAAGCCGCGGACAAGACUUCCGUGGUUGACGAAAAUCAGACGACGGAAGAAGCGAAAAAAGCCGAAAAUAAUGGAACGGAACGAGUCGAGGCGAAAAAAGCGAAGAGGCGCAAGAAGAAGAGGGGCAGCGACGAUUGCUUAUUGUCGCGAAGAUACAAUUUGAAAUUCAUUCAAAAGGAUGAGCUGGAGUCUUACGCGAAGAAGCAGAGCCUCUACUUCCGAUCCAAGUCCAUGCUGGAGCUUCAUCAUCAUCGUUCCGCGGCGCAAAGAGUCGGCGGCGCUGCCAACGUAAACCACGACGAGGACGACGACAACGACGAGUCCGGCGCAACGGCGACGGGAAGCGCGGCGGAAAAAUUGAGCAACGAGGAGGCGCUGGAGGACAUCGCGGCCCUGAUCAGGGAGUACGAGCACAACCGACGGGGCUUCAGCACGAAUCCGUUUCUCCAGGACGAGCGCCGAAAGACGGGCAGCCUCGAUCUCGACGACUACUGCCGCGAGGCGAACAAGGACAGCGAGACGCGCAGACGGGCUUGGGCCGAGACCAUCGGCACGUCGCUCGAGUUCGCCCUCGCUUUGCCGGACGAGCUGUUGGCGCCUCUGCUUCCGGUGCUCGUGGGCGGCAUUAGAAUUUUGACGCGGCACGCUUACGAGCCUGUGCUGAAGCAACACCUCGCCGUCUUCUUCCGUCGCAUCGGCCACAUUUACGGACUCGUCGACGCCACCCCCGCCACGUGAAUUAUGUACGAACGAGCAGCGACGAGCCUAUCGAAUCAUCCGGAUCGAUGUCAAAUUAUCGGAUCCACUACUACUAAUCUUCGUGCGAGGCUGAUCGGAGGAUUUUUGCCCGAAGAAUCGCCGCACGAGCGAAAGCUUCAUAAUACAAUGUAUCGUAGCCUAUAUUACGUAUCGAUUUAUUUCUAUCCGAUUUGUUUUUUAAAAGUAUUUCUAUUCUUUCGAUACUAACUGAAAGUCCUCGAAAUCGAUCUCGAUUUCCUCGCUCACAUAUGUACACUUACACAGAGCUCGUUAAAUUUUUUACUUAAAAGAAAGAAAAAAACUUCCUUCAUGAUUAACGUCAAUAAUUAUAAUCGAGCUGAGAUGAAAUCGAUCGGCUUAUACAAAUAUAAUAAAAUCUAUAAUAGAAACGUGUGCUUAUGAGGAUAUUUUUUUAAAAAACGUGUAAGAUUGAAUGGUGCUUCGAAUCGACCGGCACUUCUGGAAGGUGUCCGAAUUCUAUAAGACUUGAUAAAACAAAAAUGUACUACUACGUAUAUUGUAUAAGAAUUAUAUAGCUUGAAGCUGAGGUAAAGUUUCUUUUUUUUUUAUUUAAAAUACAAGAAAAAUCAUAGCGUCUUCGAAACUGAUACGGCGAUCCUUAUUGUAGUUGUACCACAAAAGUUUCGAUGGCCCCAGAGUAAAACAAAAAAAAAGAACAACAAAAAUCAAUGGAUGAGUUUUUGAUUUUUACAUUAAAAAUUUAUAUGCCAAAGUGAACAAAAAUGAAAAAUAAAUAUAUUAUAUAUUAUUAUUGGAUAUAUGAGAGCAGAAUAUUUAUAUAGCAUUUAAGGUAUCGAUAAGGCACGGCUACAUGCAGUAUUCCAAUAUUUUUGUGAUCGAUCAAAUUAUAUAUGAUAAAAAAAAUAAAGAAAAAUCA